UACUGUCCUGAUGAUAACUGUGAUGUUGUCUCCUGCUGAGGGAGAGGCUCCAUUUGCUGUGAACGUGACUCAGGAUGUGUACGAGGCAGAGGAGAACAGUAACGUCACUCUAACGUGGUUCUUCACUGUCAGCAGAGACACACAACCUCAAGACCUGGUUGUGGACAUUUCACGUCAUGAAACUGUAAGAAGUGUUUACCUUUAUCAUCGUGGUGAAGAGAGCACACAGUAUGUGGACCAGCUCUACAGAGGACGGUUUUCCUGUAAUAAAGAACUCUUGGAGACAGGACGCAUUGAAUGUGUCUUCAGAAACGUGACUGUGAGCGACAGCGGCCUCUAUGUGUGUUUGGUCGUCAUCGACAGAAAAGGUGCCCAAAAACUGUGUCUCCUCAAUGUGACGGGUGAGUUGGUGUUUCUUUAGAACGUCCACAUGUGUGCAAAGAGCAG